CUUGCCGCCCCGAGAACAUCGGUUUCCCCUUCCUCAUCAGCGUGCCGGAGUCCCGCCUCACCUAUGCCCGCCUGGCCCAGCUGCUGGAGGGCUACGCAAGGUACUCAGUCAGCGUGUUCCAGCCUCCGUUCCAGCUGGGCCGGAUGUCUCCAGAGCAGGGGUUGCAGCCUCUGCUCACAGACAAGCUGGAGCCCCUGGCCAAGAGCAGCUGUGCAGCAGCCACCUCUGUCCCUGAGCUGGGGGAUGGGGACAGGGCUUCCAGCCUCCUACAGGAGCCCCCGCUCUCGCCAGCUGUGCCUGAGCUGCACCCGGAGGUGGGCGAUACCAGCACUGUCCGGAGCAAGGUCCUGGCAGCCAGGAAUUCCAUGCUGAGCUUGGAUUCGGGCUUCUCUGAGCACAUGGAGUCGCAGGGUGACAGCUGUUGUGAGAAGGAGCCGUCCUAUGAGAGAGCCCUCAAGCCAGAAGCUGCCAUCCCUGGGUACCAGCACACUCCAGACUCGCUGAGUGCCCGCGCCACGCAGUUCUACAUCAACAAGAUUGAUGCUGCCAACCGAGAGCACAAGCUGGAAGAUAAAGGUGACACCCCCCUGGAGCUGACAGAUGACUGCUCCCUCGCCCUGGUGUGGAAGAACAAUGAACGCCUCAAGGAGUUUGUGUUGGUUGAGUCCAAGGAGCUGGAGUGUGUAGAGGACCCAGGCUCGGCCAGUGAAGCAGCCCGGGCUGGCCACUUCACCCUGGAGCAGUGCCUCAACCUCUUCACCAAGCCCGAAGUCCUGGCCCCGGAGGAAGCGUGGUACUGCCCCAAGUGCAAGCAGCACCGCGAGGCCUCCAAGCAGCUGAUGCUGUGGCGCCUGCCCAACGUCCUCAUCAUCCAGCUCAAGCGCUUCUCCUUCCGCAGCUUUAUUUGGAGGGACAAGAUCAAUGACAUGGUGGAUUUCCCUGUCCGGAGCCUGGACCUGAGCAAGUUCUGUAUCGGCCGGAAGGGCGAGCAGCAGCUGCCCAU